AUGGCGCGAGAAGUACCAGAGGACAUUGAAAUGCGACUGUCCUGGACUGACAGUGGGCAGUCGAUCCUCAAACUGAACAUCCGCCAUCUGUGGCUCUUUGGUGCGUGGCCUCUGUCUGGUUCCUGGUUUUAUGACGUGUACAACGCUUUCUGCCUCACAAUGGGCGUGUGGAACGCGAUAGAGAGUUCACUGUCCCUUUACUUCAGCUGGGGAGACAUGGAUGAGACGACGCUGGUAUUCAUCAGCGCCUUCACCAAUGCCUGCGGCACCGCCAAGAUGGCCUUGUUCAUUCGCAAUCGGCGACAGUACAACGCACUGGCUCGACGCGUGGAGACCCUGAUGUCUGUGCAAAGUGAAUUCUGUUCGGCAGACCCUGUCUUGGCUGAUAUUCGGCGAGGCUCCCAGAGGCGUGCCUCCCGUCUCACCAUAGGACUGCUGUUCCUAAUGUUCUCGCAGUACCCUGUGUGGUUCCCCAUGCCGAUCAUUACGCAGCCAGAACAACGGCGUCUGCCGCUAGUUCAGCACGGCUGGGACAACAACACCAACUACUACGAGCUGUCGUACGCCUUGCAGUGCAUGUUAGCGACGUGGGCAACACAGCUCAGCAACGGUGUGGACUUACUCUUCGUUACUGUCAUGAUCCUCACAGCUGCCGAGAUGCGAAUUCUUACACUGCGCAUUGUCAGUCUGAAAACCGAGAACAAUGAAGUAAGGAUAGUAAAAAGGGCUAAUGUCGUGAUCGGCCAGACGGAGAAUACUUGCGGUGAUGAAAUGUAUGAAAAAUUAUGUCAGUGCAUUGAAAGUCACCAGAAAGUCAUCAGGUUUGUCAAGCAAUUGGAGAACAGCAUGAGUUCCAUCGUAAUGCUGCAAUUCUACUUCAGCGUCCUCAUCAUAUGUGUGACAUUAUUUCAAGCAACAUAUAGUAUGGACUACAGCUCAGUCCUAAAGUCCGUCUCUUACCUUCCUGUACCUGCUGGUCAGAUCUACUUAUACUGCUGGGCAGCACACAACGUUACCGAACAGGCGGAGGCGGUGACGCUGGCGGCAUACGGCUGUUCCUGGUUGGAGGCGAGCCCACGUUUCAAGCGAGCCCUGAGGAUUCUCAUGUGUCGCGCACAGAAGCCGCUGGUUAUCACCGCUGCUCACCUCUAUCCGAUGAGCAGGGAUACGUUCGUCUCGCUGGUGAAUGCAUCAUAUUCAUUCUAUGCACUGUUGGGUCAGAUGAAUAGACGAUAG